AUUGCGACUUGGAAACGUCAGUUCGAAACCCGCUUCAAACAAAACCAAAAGGAAAAAUGGGAGCAUCAUUUGCAAAACUUAAUUGUUGUACAAGAAUACGCAAUAACAAGGUUGGAGUGGUUUCUAGUUCUCUCGAGAUAAUCAAUAGAAUUGAAACGCGCCAAUCAACAGACAUAUUGCAAGAGUUACUGAGUGUAGGAAUAAUAUCAGAACGAUUCGGUGGUAUGAGAUUUAUUGUUGAGACAUUAACAGAAAGUGAGAUGACAAAACCCAGGAGACUUCCAGCUAUCUCUAUUUCCAAUGACUCAUCAAGCAGAAGACUAACUGAUAAAUCCAGGGCUAGUACGUCAAAAGAUAUAUAUGAUAAUGAAGAUAAAGGACUUAUGGUCGAAAUUCGACGCAUGGAUGCCUUGGCUGACAAAGGGAAAAUGGCGAAAGAAUCUGAAAGAAGAAGGCAGGCAGCGAAAGAAAGAAGGGAUAAUAGACUUAAACAAAAAAUAAGAAAAACUGAAAGUAAAUUAAGGAGAGAAAAUAGGGGAGAUGAAGGUAACAAAAGAGCUUUCCAUCAGCCUAAAAGUGAAAGAAGACCUGCCAGAGAACCAAGACAAAUCAAGCAUAACGUUUCCCGCGGUUUACCAGAUGUAUCCGUAUAAACUUUACUAUAUCAAAUAAUCCAAAGUUUAAUGAAUUAUACAUAUUUUCUAAUUUGAAUACUUAUUUGAUAUUGUAUUUCUUUAAUUUCAACGAAUACAUUUUUUUUUACUUG